AUGAACAUCUACGGCGACAACGGCCUCGCCUGCCUCACCAAGAUCUCUGGCGCCUCCUCCGCGUCCACGGUCUCGCCGCUGCCCCACAUGUUCGUCGUCAAGGACCUGGUGGUGGACAUGACCAACUUCUACAGCCAGUACAAGAGCGUCGAGCCAUGGCUCAAGCGCAAGGACCAGCCCCUGCAGCAGGGCAAGGAGAUCCCGCAGACCAAGGCCGAUCGGGCCAAGCUCGACGGCAUGUACGAGUGCAUCCUCUGCGCCUGCUGCUCCACCUCCUGCUCGUCCUACUGGUGGAACCCGGAGGAGUACCUCGGCCCGAUAGCGCUGCUCCACGCCAACAGAUGUGAUGUUCCAAUGUUGUAUAUCUUGCUAGCAGUAACACUCAUGACAAGUGGUAUCAUGACUGAGUGGCUGCUGUGA